CAUAAGGCAUCAUGGUAUGGAUAAAAGAGUAUUAAUUAAUGAGAUAAAAGAGUAUUAAAAUAACAACUAAAUCUUUCUAUUUAGUUGUAAUCUCCGGAUUCUGUAAGAAUUCGACAUACGUACACCUGACUGUUGGGAACGCCGAGUAAUAGAAUCUGAUAAUCUUGUGUUUAUCUAUCCAAACUGACAGUUCUGUAAGAAAUAAAAAAGGUGUUAUUUGCAAGUUGAAAACACGUGACCAAUCUUUGUAAAAAUAAGCUGUUUCUACAUGUAUAAAAAUAGCUAAUCAUGUAAAAAGUAAGUCGUAUGAUCAAAUCCUGAUUCGCAUGUAUUAAAAGAAGACACAGUUGUAGUAUGAACACAAAGCGCGUUACAAAUGUCAUUGCCUAAAAUAUAAGGUAAGAAAAAGAAAAAGAAAAACAUGUGUAAAAUACAAGAAAAAACAACCGAUCUUGUGAGUUGUCUUAAGAAGACUUGUGUUGUGUCCAGAGAAACAAACACUGUUAAUUUCUUUCUGUCUCUCCUCUUUUUUAUUUAUAUCUCUUUUAAUUUCUUGUUUUUUCCGUUGUAAUUUUUACACCGGAAAAUUACCAAAGUUACCUCUUCUUUCUGUUUUCUCCCUCUUCGUCCAUCAUUUGUCACAGUAAAAAGAAAAAAACAAAGCAGAGACAACAAAUAUUUUUUUGAUGGCCGAACUUGGGGGGUGAAAAUCACUUUGUGGGUCUCACCUUUCUCAAAUCCCCCCAAUCAUAAGCCUUUCCGACGACGAUACAAACUCUGUUUUUUUUCUUUUUAGUUUCUUUCUCUUCUUGAAUCGGCAAGGGAAGAAGCUAUGAUCAUGUACGGAGGAGGAGGAGGAGGAGCAGGGAAGGACGGUGGAUCCACCAAUCACAUAUCAGACGGAGGAGUGGUAUUGAAGAAAGGUCCAUGGACUGCGGCUGAAGAUGAGAUACUUGCUGCGUACGUUAGAGAGAACGGUGAAGGAAACUGGAACGCUGUUCAGAAAAACACAGGUUUGGCUCGUUGCGGCAAAAGCUGCCGUCUUCGAUGGGCUAAUCAUCUCCGUCCUAAUCUCAAAAAAGGUUCUUUCACCGGCGAUGAAGAACGUCUCAUCAUUCAGCUUCAUGCUCAGCUUGGUAACAAAUGGGCUCGCAUGGCUGCUCAGUUGCCGGGAAGAACAGACAACGAGAUCAAGAACUACUGGAACACGCGUUUGAAACGCCUCCAUCGCCAAGGACUUCCUCUUUAUCCUCCAGAUAUUAUCCCUAACCAUCAACUCCAUCCACAUCCACAUCAACAACAACAACAUCAUCAUCAACAACAACAACAGCAUAACCAUCAUCAACAUCAUCAUCAACAACAACAACAGCAUAACCAUCAUCAUCAGCAAAUGUAUUUUCAACCACACUCUUCACAACCAAACACACCAUCAUCCUCACCUCUUCCAUCUCCAACACCACUAAACGCAAACGCAAAUUCCCCAUCAUCCUUCACUUUCCAUACACCAACCGCUAAUCUCCUCCAUCCACUUAGCCCUCACACUCCAAACACACCGCAAACUCCUUCUCAACUCUGUUCCACACCGCCUCCACCGCCACUCUCCUCUCCUUUAUCUUCCCCUCGCAACAACCAAUACCCGACUCUUCCUCUCUUCGCCCUCCAACAUUCCCAAACCAACAACAACGACGCAAAUUUCACUUUCCCUAGACCUCCACCUCUCCUUCAACCGCCUUCAUCCCUCCUCGCAAAACGGUACAACAAUGCUAAUACUCCUCUCAAUUGCAUCAACCGCGUCUCAACCGCACCAUUUUCCCCUGUGUCAAGAGAAUCCUACACUUCCUUUCUAACAUUGCCUUACCCUUCCCCAACCUCUCAAACCGCUACUUACCACAACACUAAUAACAAUUACUCUUCUUCUCCUUCCUUCUCUUUAAACCCUUCAUCUUCUUACCCUACAACAACUUCUUCCCCAAGCUAUCUCCACUCCCAUUACACUCCUUCUCCCACCUCCUUUCAUACCAGCCCGGUUUACUCCAUGAAACAAGAGCAGCUCCCUUCAAACCAAAUUCCCCAAAUAGAUGCCUACAAUAACAUCAACAACUUCACAGACAAUGAGAGACAAAAUCAUAACCUUAACAGUUCUGGUGUUCAUAGAAGAAGUAGUAGCUGCAGCCUCUUAGAGGAUGUCCUUGAAGAGGCUGAAGUUUUAGCCGCUGAAGGCAGAGAUCGGCCCUCAAAACGAAGAAACCUCACAGCUUCUCCUCCGAACCACAACAACAACAACAACGACAACGACAAUUUCUUCUCGGUUAGUUUCGGACAUUAUGAUUCUUCUGACAACUUAUGUUCCUUACAAGAUUUGAAACCGCAGGAAGAUGAGUCUCUUCAAAUGAACACAAUGCAAGAAGACAUAGCUAAGCUUCUUGAUUGGGGAAGUGAUAGUGGAGAGAUCUCUAACGGACAAUCAUCUGUUGUCACUGACGAGAAUCUUGUUCUUGAUGUUCAUCAAUUCGCUUCACUAUUCCCGGCUGAUUCUACAGCCGUGGUAACCGCAACAAACGACCAUCACAACAACAACAAUAAUAAUAAUUGCUCCUGGGGCGACAUGCAGGGAUUAAGCUAGAACAAAAAGUCUGAAAAAAAUCUACGUACGGACUAAGAUCAAGAACUAACAAAGAACAGAGUUUUUUGAUCUUUGAUUGUAUAUGAAUUUAUUUAUUUUUACUUAUAUUUGUUGCAAAUCUUUGGAUAACUAUUCAAUGAUAUUUUAUAUUCUUUU